GUCGUGACGCCACACUCGAGGGAGGGGGAACGCGAAUGGAGGCCGUUAGUGUUUCAGAGCUGAAAUAAUCGAGGCAGAAAUACACGAUAAAAGCUAAAUUAAAGCCUUCGAUUAUUCAUUUUAUGCAAAGUCGCGAUACUUACCUCAAAUACACUCACGACUGUGGUGACAGUGUGUGUGUGAGACAGUGUUCGUCGGUACUGAGCGUUUGUUUAUUUACUGUUUGCAGAGCUCAGAGGCCCGGAUUCACUCUGUUCACUAAUCAGGGAAUAUGAGACAGAUGCUACAAUGACAUCUAGAUUCGGAAAAACCUAUAGCCGAAGAGGAGGAGAUGGGACCUCUAAGUUUGACGAAGUGUUGUCCAAUAAAAGGGCCACGAUUAGCACCAAAUGGGGUGAAACAACUUACAAAGCCAAGGUUGGAGCAAAGAGGCCUGGCUUAAAGACGGAUGUGCCUGAUCAACACAAAAGGUCCAAGAUCACCGAGGGUGAUGGUUCAGAAGAUCCCUUUGGAUUUGAUAGUGAUGACGAGUCUAGACCGGUCACAUCUCGUAGUGUAGCCCAGUCUAAGUCCAAGAUGACAUCCGCUGGAGGAUCUCCGGCCAGCCUAACUCUGGAGCCUAACAGCAGGGUGAACCAGCCUGCCAGUGUGGAGGCCGUCGCCCCCAGUAGGACCCCUUUCACUCUCAGUAGUGACAGAAGUGCUCACAAAGUGCCAGAAGACCCUGGAAAAUUCUUUAACACGUCUGCUGCAGGACAAACCUCGAGUUGGCCCAUGGACAACACGGAGCACCACAGCUAUUCAUGGUACAAAAACCCUUCUGAAAGCUACACAAGACCUCUUGCCCAGACCACCACGUUAAAGUCAGACAAAUCUGAGGACAAGGAUUCCUACGAUUCCUGGAAUGUUGUGGUCGGUCUCGGGGCACGCUCCACAUCGCUCUUUACCGGCCCUAAAGACCCUCCUUCUACUAUGUGGGAGUCCGGUAGAUACAGUAGCAGCAGCAGCAUUCAGAGCAAAACAUCCACAGAGACUCGCUUAGGCGACCUUGGUCGGGGAGAUUUUUAUGUUCCCGUCGAACCGUCGGAAAGCGAGGACCACUCUCAGUCUCAGCUCAGGACGUCCAACUGCAGGACGUACUGCAGACCCAAUAAGGGCAAGCAGCCAGGUGGAGCAGAUGGAAGCGGAAGCGCCUCUGGUCACAGCCCCGGCGAAGUGUCACAGAACAGCGGGCCUGAGGGUGCCUUGAAAACAGCAAGCAGAGGUCGAACAAGAGACUACACGGUGCUGCACCCAUCUUGUGUUUCCAUGUUUAACGUCACCUUUCAGGGCUCAAUGGACCGAGGCAUGGAGGAAUACACGUCGGCCAGUUCUCAAGCAGCUGACCCAGGAGAUGCUGGAAGACUGCGAAAGAAAGCAGAGACUGAAAGCAAACCUUUGAGUCGACCCGGACCCACGCAAAGCAAAGUGAAGAGCAGCAAACUGGAGCUUUUCGGGUUUGAUGAUAAAGACACUCUGGCUGAGGGUGAUGAUGACUCUUCAGGCUGCUCCAAGUACAGGAUUAAAUACUUUGGCUUUGAUGACCUGAGUCCGAGCGACAGCGAAGAAGAGGAAGGAUCUUUUGAAAGGAAGACAGCCAAGGGAAAGGAUGAGAUGAGCACAUCAGGGCCGAUGAUUUCAAUGGAGUUGAAUGUAGACAGUCUUCAUCCUAGAGAGACACAAAAUGCUCAGAGCAGUCAUGGAGCAGGUCAGAGUCACAGACUCAAAGACGAUCCUAUGGAGAUACCUGAAGUCUACCCCACCUCCAUGACCGAGACAACCUGGAAAGCUCAGGUGAAACCUCAGGAGAAAGUCAAGGACAGCAGUCGGAAGAUCUUCAGUGGGCCCAAGAAGUCACCUACUAAAGCUGUGUAUAAUGCAAGACACUGGAACCAGCCAGAGGCUGAAGACCUGCUCCCCCCACCUCCAUCACGAUCUCAGGCCCCUCCAGCCGCUUCGUCAGGAGGCAGCAAGGAGGCAAUCCCGCACAAGGACGAUGGUCUGUUCAAAGCUCCUGCACCUCCUCCUAAAGUCAUCAAAUCUGUCACCAUCCCCACAGAGCCCUACCAGGACAUGGUCACUGCGCUAAAGUGUAGGAAAGAACAUAAAGAGUUGUACACCGUUGUCCAGCAUGUGAAGCACUUCAAUGACGUGGUUGAGUUUGGCGAGAAUCAGGAGUUCACAGAUGACUUUGAAUAUCUCGCCACAGGUCUGAAGAGCGGACAGCCCCUUAACACACGCUGCCUUAGUAUUAUUAGCUUGGCCACACGUUGCGCCAUGCCCAGUUUCAGGAUGCACCUGAGGGCUCAUGGGAAAGUGGCUCAGGUCUUUAAAACCCUCAGUGAUUGCUCUCAACACCCGAAUCUUGCUCUGUGUACGGCUUCGCUGAUGUACAUUCUCAGCAGAGAUCGCUUAAAUAUGGAUCUGGAUCGGGCCAGUCUGGACCUUAUGAUCAGGUUACUGGAAUUAGACCAGGACAAAACCAGAGCCGAACAGCUGACGGCAAAGGAAAUGAACAAAGUAAAAGAGAAGAUUCGGAAACUUUGUGAAACUGUACACAAUAAGCAUCUUGACCUUGAGAACAUCACGGCGGGACAUUUAGCCAUGGAGACAUUGUUAUCGUUGACCUCAAAGAGGGCGGGGGAUUGGUUUAAAGAAGAACUCAGGCUUCUUGGAGGCCUGGAUCACAUUGUAGAUAAAGUGAAAGAGUGUGUGGAGAACCUUAGCCGAGAAGACGAUAAGGAGAAUCUGGUGGCGUCGUUGUGGGGGGCUGAGAGAUGUCUGCGUGUAUUAGAAAGUGUAACUGUUCACAAUCCAGAAAACCAAGGGUACCUAAUUGCCUACAAGGAUUCUCAACUCAUAGUGUCUUCAGCCAAGGCUUUGAGCCACUGUGAAGAAAUGAUCCAGAGGUACAGUCGAGAGAUAAACCGAGAUCUGUGCUCAUCCGGGACACCGCUGCCCUACUGCAGUAACAGUAAUGUAGGAAAAGCUGUGGAGGACUGCAUGCGAGCCAUCAUCGGAGUCCUGCUUAAUCUUACACAUGACAACGAAUGGGGAAGCACAAAGACGGGCGAGCAGGAGGAUUUCAUCACCACAGCGCUCAACUGUGUGCUCAGGGUCCCGCAGUAUCUGCCACAGGAGCAGAGGUUUGACAUCAGAGUCCUGGGUCUUGGCUUGCUCAUUAAUCUGGUGGAGUACAGCGCGAGGAACAGACACUGUCUGGUGGAGUUACAGAUGGGAAGUGAAGUCUGGGAAUCUAUGUGCGUGUCCGACAAAGAUGAACUGCAGACUGAAGGCUCUCUCAGUGCCAUUGCUGCUCUGGUGAAGCUUUUCCUCCAGCGAGAGCAUGCAGCCAUGUUGGCAGAGGCGGAGACUGAUGAUUUUAUCAACGACGCACCUAAGCCCCAGCUGGACCAGAGCGGAGAGUGGAAGGAGACCAAUGAGGAGAUCCAGUGGGUGGCUUCAGAAAACAACACCACAGAUGAUAAAAAGAAAGAAGGAGAGGAGGAAGAAGAGCUUGAUCUUAACAAAGCUCUCCAGCAUGCUGGCAAACACAUGGAGGACAGUAUUGUGGCAUCAUACACUGCACUGCUUUUGGGUUGUCUGUGCCAGGGAAGCCCUAUGAAUGUGACUACUGUGAGGGAAAACCUGCCAAAAGGGGAUUUUUCGGUCAUGACAGAGAUGCUUAAGAAGUUCUUGAAUUUCAUGAACCUCACAUGUGAUGUUGGCACCACGGGGCAGAAGUCGAUCUCCAGAGUCAUUGAUUAUCUGGAGCACUGUUAAUGUGUUAGUGGAGCUCCACACAGACCUCAGCACACACACCUGACCUGCCUGAUACACCUGGAGAACAAACUCAUCAUCACUCGUUCAGAAAGACUACAGAAGAAAGUUUCAAGCACACCAUACACCGAACUCUAUUAAAAGAGCCGUUUAUUCAUCCAUUUCUUCAGACGUUCCUCAUCACAACAUUGAGCGAUAAACCGUUAAUCUGUCCCUUUCUUGUAAAGUCCAUAUUGUUGCCUUGUAAUUUCACUUUCUAAGUUGCAGAACUUCAUAAAAGUGGUGGUGAGAGUUGGAUGUCCCGCUGUUUUUUACUCCACUUUUGAGUCUGUAAAUUUCAAAUGCUCAGCGCUGACCCUAACUCUAUCGGAGGGCGAAUAGCAUUCAAGUUUCUUGCCCUCUUUGAAAUGCCGGGAAGACGACUUAAAUCCAUUCUUUUCACUGCAGUAUAUACUCGCUUUGUGUUGCAGAAACUCUAUCUGAACUGAUAGCGCCGUGUCAAAGGUCGGUGAAUGAAUUAAUCGUCUUUUUUCGUUUCGUUAGAGCAGGAAAAAGGCAAAACGCCCAAACGUUUUAUCUUUGUCUCAAUGGAUUAAACGCAUGGUGCUGAUUCCGUAAUGCCAACUGUAAUUGUGCAGAUAAAGUUAAGUACCCUGAAUCCCAAACCUUACGUUACUCAAAAAAAAUAAAUAAAAA